AACUCAUCCACAGAGCGGAGCUGCACUUUUCAGCUCAUUUUCCUCCUGUCAUUCCUGCUUCUAUCUUUGAUCAUUGUCCCGCCGCGCGAACCCAAAUCUCACUCAACACGUCUUUUCAGCAUCUCUUUCUACUCCCCAACUCGUCAGAGGAGAUACACUCCCGUGGAUUCUUUCGUUUGAUUUUCUCGACAGCGGGACUUUUUUUUGCAGGACUGGGGUUUAUACUUUGAACUUCGUCUACUCUUCCCUAGGUGACCAUGGCCGUACCGGCUACUCUGAUUCCGCCAACCCCGCUAGUCCCACCGCCUCAGAUGUCAACUCCGUCAGCGACCACCUCCCCGCCGUCGACAACUUCAUCCCCGUCUCCAUCUAUGGCCCCCUCCGGACAGAACCUGUUCCGAUCAGAGCUGCUUGCCACCAGCAGCCCGGGCAUCCCUACCCCGACCGGAACUCUGCCCAGCAAGCCCGUAUAUUCGACUCCGUCGCCUGUUGAAAACACCCCGCAGAACAACGAGUGUAAAAUGGUAGAGUUACGGGGUGCUAAAGUGGCGUCUUUCACCGUGGACGGCAGCGAACUCAUCUGUCUUCCCCAGGCAUUCGACCUUUUUCUGAAGCACCUGGUAGGCGGGCUGCACACGGUCUACACCAAGCUGAAGCGGCUGGAGAUCACGCCGGUUGUGUGCAAUGUUGAGCAGGUUCGCAUCCUCAGAGGGCUCGGCGCCAUCCAGCCUGGAGUCAACCGCUGCAAACUCAUCUCCAGAAAAGACUUCGAGACUCUCUACAACGACUGCACCAAUGCAAGCUCCAGACCGGGAAGGCCCCCUAAGAGGACCCAGAGUGUGACCUCACCAGAGAACCCACACAUCAUGCCCCACUCUGUCCCUGGACUCAUGUCCCCGGGGAUGAUACCCCCCACAGGCCUGACCGCCGCUGCGGCCGCUGCUGCCAAUGCCGCCAUCGCUGAGGCCAUGAAGGUGAAGAAGAUCAAGCUGGAGGUGAUGAGCAGUUACCACGGCAACGCCAACCAGCAUGGGGUCGAUGGUGAGAAUGGAGACCUGAGCUCCAGCGUCGGUGAGGGAGCCCUUCGCACACGCUCAUGCUUGGAACUCCCCUUUAUGAUGAUGCCCCACCCACUGAUCCCAGUCAGCCUGCCCCCAGCCUCGGUCACCAUGGCAAUGAGCCAGAUGAAUCACCUCAGCACCAUUGCCAACAUGGCUGCUGCCGCCCAGGGCCAGAGUCUCCCCUCCAGAAUGGUCACCUCCGUCAUAAAGGGGUUCCAGGAGCGCAUGCCGGAUAGCCCGUCCCCGGCUCCCUCUCUGGAGGACGGGCGGAGGCCGGGCAGCCACCCCUCCUCCCACCGCAGCAGCAGCGUGUCCAGCUCCCCCGCCCGCACAGAGAGCUCCUCGGACAGGAUACGUACGUCCCCCUAUUACCUCCCCAUGCAGCGAAUCAGACUGGCGAACUGCGCGUUCAGUUCCUCAACGAUGCACCAGAACGGACUGUCCAUGAACCAGGCCCUGUUGGGCCUCUCCCCCAGCAUCUUGCCUGGGCCCAAGGAGGGGGACCUAGCCCACGACAUGAGCCACGAAGCCAAGAGGAUGCACAUCGACAAAGGUGUUGUUGUGUGUCUUGUUCUAGAAGACAACGCCAUGUGCACCCCGACGGCAAGAGACAGCUAUGAGAGGCUGUCAUUGGCUAGCCAGGGUCUCCCUCCUGGCUUCCCCUCCCCCUUCCUGUUUCCUGACGGCCUGUCAUCAAUAGAGACCCUGCUCACCAACAUCCAGGGCCUGCUAAAAGUGGCGAUUGACAACGCGCGGGCCCAGGAGAAGCAGGUGCAGCUGGAGAAGACAGAGCUGAAGAUGGAGCUGUUCAGAGAGAGAGAGCUCAGGGAGGCCCUGGAGAAACAGCUCGCCGUGGAGCAGAAGAACAGAGCCAUCAUCCAGAAACGCCUGAAGAAGGAGAAGAAGACUAAGAGGAAACUGCAGGAGGCUCUGGAGUACGAGACCAAGAGGAGAGAGCAGGCGGAGCAGAGCCUCAAACAGCCAUCCCCCUCCGACAGCAUACGCUCCCUCAAUGACUCUCUGACCCCAGAGAUGGAGACUGACCGCAGCAGUGGAAGAACAGAUGCUGAGAGGACAAUACAAGAUGGGAGGCUGUUCUUGAAAACCACGGUGAUGUACUGAUAAGACCAUGAGGAGGAGCUGAAGGAAAAGAGAGAGAGAAAAAAAAACAUGAGAUUCUCAAGAGUCCUUAACCAGGCCGAUUUAGUAGUGGAAUGAAGUCAAGCUGCUUGUAGGAGUUCAAUGGAAGUGCUGUAUUCAGCCAAAAGCUGGAGGUUGUGUCUGAAUGUAGAAUUAGAAAUCUUUUUCUCACAGAGGCCAACAUUACAUAGUUGAUAAACCAGGUUUUGGUGCAGUUUGUUGGCUACAUUGAAGGAUAAAAACAAUUGAGCACAGUAAAAUGUACCAAUGGUAUAAAGUUGGUAAAAACUCCAAAUUCACAGCACUGAAGAUUUUUAUACUGGGUUUCGACCAGCCGGAAAGCUUUGAAAAAGAUAAGACUCUGUGGUCUGUUUUGUAUUUCAAGUAAUAUUCCAAGAUUAUAAAAUAUGACACUUGGAGAGUCUUGAGACAAGAAAGAAAAUGUGAAUUUGUCCGUAUGUUGAUCAAAAGAGACGACUGAUUUUAAUGUUUUCUAAAUUAGAUAAAAAAUACAAUCAAGUUUCCUUUCUACCACUGUUGUAUAUAGAAUAUCCGAGGAUACUGAUAGGAUUACUGAUAUGACUGAUAACGUAUGUGUAUAUAACGUUCAGAGGUGGUAUUGUGUAUGCAGUAGAGCAAACAAUAUUAGGCAAACAAUACCAACAUUUAUAUACAUUUAUAGUUUUGUUUUGUUUUAUUUCUGAGCCAUCAUUCUUUCAAAUAGCUGCCAUUUUGGUGAGAAAGCAUGCAGGCAUGUAAAUGUUUGUCCUGGAAUCCUGAUAUUUAUAAAUCCUAUAUUGUGCUAAACAAAAACUAGGGUUGUUUCACUCAAAUUACUUUGAAACAUCUCAAAAUAAUCCAUGUCAAACUCUUUGUAACUUGGUUAACAUGGCAUUGGAUUUACUAUCUGUUCACGUUUUUUCUUCUUCAUAAAGAACUCUCAAAACUGUGUCUAUUUAUUUGUAACAUAGUUUUGGUCAUCUCAAAAUAUCCCGUAAAAAUGAAAUGGUCACACUUUUCGAGGCAUUUCAUGCUGAUUAGUUCAUUAUUUGAGGAUCAUAUACCAGCUUGAGUAACAUAAGCAAUCAGUCACUGUCUCAGUUGUAGUAUAUUCUUCUUUCUAAACUAAAUAUAAGUGUAUCCAUGACACGGUGGCCUCUUUGACGUCCAUGGACAUCCAUGUAUUUGUUUUAACAAUUAAAUGUGUGUCAUGCCAUCGUGAUGGAAAGCGUUUCUCAACAUUAGGAGAUGCUUGGGCUUCUGGGGUUCCUGUUCUCCUGUGUGUGUAAGUAUAUUCCCAAAACAAGAGGUGUCGUGUCCAAUUUUUGUAAAAGGAAUGGGUUUAUAUAGUUACCUCAACCAUGAAUGGAAAGGAGUGUCCCCAUGUUCAUAAUGUGUUUUUCUAAGUUUGUUGCCUUGGAGUGUCUAGGGUCUGUUGUCGACAUGUCACUGAUAACUUAUAUAGCUUCUUCAACCACCCCUUCAUUGUACUUCAAUUUCAAAUAAACUUAAACUGUUGAU